ACGCCUGUCCUCAUGAGCCCUGGCACCACCCAGCCACCAGCACUGACCAAGGAUGUCCCUUCCCUGGGGACACUGGCCAUGGCAUCGAGCUUGGCCGUGGAGCCAACAUCUCCCCCAGUGACUGUGAUGAGCCCCACAGAAGCUGAGGACACAGCGUCCGACAAAACCACUGGAGUCACCAUGGAGGAGGUCCCACGUGCCUUGAGUGCAGGGAGCAUCGUGGCCAUAACUGUGACUGUCAUCGUGGUGGUGGUGCUGGUUUUCGGGGCAGCAGCAUACCUCAAGAUCAGGCACUCCUCUUAUGGAAGGCUGUUGGAUGACCAUGACUACGGCUCCUGGGGCAACUACAACAACCCUCUGUAUGAUGAUUCCUAGCAGGGAUGAAGAGAAAAACCCAUAAAUCCUUAAUUUAUAAGCGCUUCUGCAGCAGAGCAUCCGCUGUCGAGGAGAUGCCAGGCACGGAGCCCCUGCCCUGGGCAGGAUUGUGGAGGCUCUGGUGGAUGACAGGAACUGGAGGGUGGGUGUGCAGUGCUGACAAUAAACAUGAAUUUUGGCCUUUG